AUGGCAGUCAAUUACCGACACGGCCUGUCUAUUCUUGAACUUAUCUUCUAUUUCCCUGUCAUCUUCGUGAGCUUGUGGAUGGCAUUCCGCCAUGGCUUCACCCGUAGCGCUGGCUGGAUCUUCUUCACCGUCUUCGCCCUUCUCAAAGUCAUCGGAGCAUGCUGCUACCUCGACACAAUCCAAAAGCCCGACAGCAAAAACCUCUACACUACCUGGGCCGUGUGCACCUCGAUCGGCCUGGGCCCUCUGAUCCAAGCAUGCAUCAGCCUGCUCUCCAGAGCGAACAACUCCAUUGGGCGAGUCAAAGGGCAGGGCAUCACUCCUUUCUUUUUCAGGAUCCCUGGCGCCGCCACUAUUGUCGGCAUUAUCUUCAGCAUUAUUGGCGCCACCAAGGCUAAGAACCUCAUUGCGAACAUGGCGACCUCGGAUACCAAGAUUGGACUCAUCCUUUUCCUCGCCGCCUGGGGAGGCCUCGGCCUUCUGCAACUCCUCCUCAUGUCAAAAAUAGGCAGCAUGGAGAUGGGCGAGCGCCGUCUCCUUGUCGCUGUGGGACUGUCUCUCCCGCUCAUUCUGGUCCGGCUGGUGUAUUCCUUUGUGUGGAUCUUCGGGCAGAACUCCGAUUUUAGCAUGUUUACGGGCAAUGUGACGAUUUACCUUGUCAUGGUGGUGUUGGAGCAGAUUGCCGUCGUGGCGAUUUGUCUGGGGGUGGGUGUGACGUUGAAGCAGAGAAACUAG